AAGGGUCCCAUCCGUGGGUCCCAUCCUUUACCUUACGGGAAAACCUUCUAUACAUUGAAAUUUUCUAGAGCACAUUUUGUACGAUCAUUUAAGGAAAAAUCUUCUGUAAAUCAAAACGGGUAGGGUUUUCCUCCUGUCUCUGCUAUCGAUCUGGAAAACUCGAUUCCGCCCGAUUGAGAUGUGGGAUGAAACGGCAAGCUUAGGCAGCUGUACUCUGCCGGUAGAUGCAAUGGUGGAAAUCCUGUUUCGGCUUCCCGUCAAGUCAUUACUGCGAUUCCGAGCGGUUUCCAAAUCAUGGUAUGGUUUUCUUAGUAGUCGUGAUUUUAUUGAAAUGCAUCUCCGUCACUGUCAACAACCUCACCAUGAAAAGCUCCUGAGAGUGAGCGAUAGGGGUCCUAGAGACACCCCUACUAUUUCCUUCUUCUCCAUUGAUCCUACUGUUACUGUUACUGUUAAUGCUGAUGAUAUUGACGACGGAGUUGAUGUGUAUAAAAAUAAUAAUGAUCUGUAUCCGUCUUCUGUUGUUGAUUUGCCGUUUCCGUCUAGUCCAGAUGAUGAGGUUCGGGUUGUGGCUUCUUGCAAUGGCUUGUUGUGUGUUCAUUUUAAUAGGACUUCCAACAUUAUCUUGUGGAACCCUGCUACGAGAAAGUAUAGAUUCCUUGAAUCCCCCGAUAAUUCUGUAUCCUUUUAUUGUGAUCCUUUCUUCCCUUAUAUAAUGCUUGGUUUUGUCCCCGAGAUUAACGAUUAUAAGGUUGUCAAGGUUCCAUCAUCCAGUAGGAAACACAUUGAUGCUAAGGUUUGGGUUUACACCCUGAGUUCGGAUUCUUGGGAAGAGAUGGGAGCUGUUAAUCUGCUGCCCAAAGGUGGGUCUGCAGUUAAUCUUAGUGGGUGUUUGUAUUGGAUGUCAUAUAAUAUUGAUAAUGGACGGGAUAUUGUUACUUCUUUUGAUUUGUAUAAACAAGUCCUUGGACAAAUUAUGGUCCCCAAUUCUGAUUCUAUUACUGACUUCACUAUCAAGAAGCUUGUGGUACUAAAGGGUUGUCUUUCUAUGAUAAUCUAUUCUGAGAAUGGUUUAAAUGUUGAUCAUUACGAGGUAUGGAUGAUGAAUGAACAACAAGGUGUAUCUUGGACUAAGCGAGUUGAGUUUUCACCUUUCUUUAAGCUAGCAAGACCUGUUGGAUCAUGGAGGGACAGCGAAAUUCUUUUUGGCUACCCAAAUGGGUUGUCACAUGAACUGUUAUCAUACAAUCCUUUUACUAAAAGAGCUCGGAGCUUUCAAAGGAGAAGUUCAGUGGGUGGGUUUAAAGUCAUAAAUUAUGUCGAAAGCCUAGAAUCUGUGGAGGGUAGUUAAGUGGACUCUAGAGAUUUGAAGUCUGAUAUUGCAGUUUCAUUUGGCAUGGUAUAAAGUAAUGAUUAAUUACCCUUGCUUAUCUAGCAGCUCACCAUAAGUUUGAGCAUGCUUGACACCUUUAGAUGUUGGUUUGGUCAAGGGAUGUCCAUUGAAGCUUUUUCUCAAAGGUGACACUUAUAAAGGUAGAUACUGGGUGAAUUGUGAAACUGGAGAGUUUCACUAAAUUCUGGAUAAACACGAAAAAUUUAGAAGCUCUAGUGGAUCAGUAAACAUUGAAGCUUAAUGUUUCCUACAUAUAGUUUUUAACAUUAUUUCCUUAGUAUUUUUCACAUUGUUUCCUGUGGUUUGACUUUCCGACUAUGUUGCGCGGACCCUUCAUUUUAGACCCGUGUUGGCACAACACUAGUACGGGUAAGUGUGUGGGUUUUGUACCGGAUAUGGUCAAUCGCGAUCGGCUACUUUGACCACAAUCCAUUGACAAAUUUGAGGAAAAACUGAAUUUUGAUUUCUCAAGACAAAAGUUAGUACAAAUUUGAAGCCAUGGGAAAUG